AUGUUGCUUUAUCAAUAGGCCAAGUUGUUGAUAGAGUUAUGGCAUAGCCACCACUUAAAUAUACAACAAAGAUCACUCUCUAUUAAUUUCAGAUGUCUUUUAUGUUAUAGGUACCUUUAAGUAAUUCAAAUCGAGAAAUUAUAUUUAUUUUUGCUUCAGUUUUGUUGUUUCAUUACUCAUCUUAACAAUAAUAAUGAAAUUAUAUUUAAAAGAACCGUACCCUCAGAAAUAGUAGGUACUUUUUCAGGAAUGGCUAGCUUUCUUGUUGAAGGUAGAUAUUUAUUUGUCACCUUUUGGUUUAGAUUAUUUUGA